CGUUUGUUUUAUCGCCAGAAUCAACUUUAACUAGGUUGACGUGAACUCGCGUACUAAUUUAUAAUGGUGGUUAAACUUGACCGGAACUAUGUUUUAGUCUCAAAUUAUAGUCCACGUCAAGUUGAUCGGACACGAACACCCACGAGACAAUUUCUUUCUUUCAUUAUCUUAAAACCAGCUAACGCAAGUGUAGGCUAUACCUGCUAUGGAGAUUGCGUUAUGGAAAUGAACUUGUUUGAAGUGACGACCCCUCGGCGAUGAGGCGCAUCAGCUGUGGUGUCGCUGUUGGUGCUGCUCAGCAUCGCCGCCACACCCUCAGAGUGCAGCAGCAGCAGCAGCAGCAGCACCAUGACGCGGGUCGUCCUGCUAGUUUUGGCUCUCACGGCGGUCUGCCAUGGCAUCCUCCCUGAGAUCGUGCACUCAGACUUCAUCCACAUCCUUGAGGAUAACUCCGCGGCAGGACGACCUGAGCUGGACCGCUUUGUAGAAGUGGAGCAACUGCCAGAGGAUCCGCAGCAGAAGCCCGAGGAUGCGUUUCACGAAAGGACCAACGAGAGUGUCAGUUUCCCUCAUGCCAAUAACCUCCUUCCAAGUCGUCACGAUGAAACUGCUUCUGAUAAAGUUAUUGAUAAUGAAUAUGUCCACACAUCGAUAGAACCGGAGACAAACAACAUUUCCACAUCUGUCCACUCUGGUGACCUGGGGAACAAUAUUGAGCAUGGCUGCAUCAGUGAUGGAGACUGUAUGAAGGGAAGUUAUUGCCUUUCUGACACGCGCAUCUCUCGGUGUCUGCCUUGCAAAGCAAUAGAUGUGUCCUGCACUAAGGAUAAUGAGUGCUGUAGUGAGCAGCUGUGUGUGUGGGGUCAGUGCAGCCUGAAUGCAACCAAAGGAGAGGCGGGCAGCACUUGUCACCAGCAGACUGACUGCAGCCCAGACCUCUGCUGUCUCGUCCAUAAAGCCCUGCUCUUCCCCGUCUGCUCGUCCAAGCCCAUUGAGCGCGAGCGCUGCUUUGGUGCCUCCAACCAUCUGUUGGAGCUGAUGUCCUGGGACAUGAAGGACCAGGGGCCCAUGAAACACUGCCCCUGUGCAGGAGAUCUCCACUGUGAACACCUGGGCCGAGGCUCCAUGUGCCUGAAAGGAGAGGACUCGAGUGAAGAGGACCUGAUGGACAGUCUCUACUCAGACAUAGACUAUAUUAUCUAGACGCAGCUUGACUGCCUUGUCAACGGGGAUCCCCACUGACUCCAUAGCUUUGUUAAAAAGAGCAAUAGCACUUUCUGUUUGUCAGCUUAAUCCAAAGAGGUAAAGCUACACAGCAUGAACAAAUAAUGAAUACAAUGUAUUUUAUUUGGCGACCUGAGAUGAAAAGCUUGUUGUAGAAGUAGCUUGUAAAAAACAGGAAACACUAUAUUUGCUAAAUCCUGUGUUACUAAGCAACACUAUACUAUACUGCAUCUCUAACCCUUAUCUAAUGCUAAUCCCAGCCAUACAAUGAACUGUAACACACUGAAUACCUGCUCACUACUCCCUGUUCAAACGUGUGUCACCUGUAUCCCAGAGUUCAUCAGCUGAAACAUGCCGAGUAGCAGAACUGCAUCAUCCUAAUGCUGCAUUCACACCAAAAGCGUUGUGAAUAUUCGCAUAAUAAAUCAAAAUAGAACAAAGUGACCACCUACUUUGCAGUCCCACAGCAUUACGAUGGAGCAGGAAGAAAAAUUAAACCAGAUAUAAUUCUGCUGAAUGUACUGCAUGAUUAAUUAAACAGCAUCACUUCUCACAACAUUGCACCUGUAUUCAUCCACUGGAAACACAACCAUGAGAUCAUUCUAUUAACAUGUGAAUACCCGCUACCUGUGAAUAUAACACUUGGUCAUGUUGCCAUCUAGGGAGCUAAUUUCACAUCUUUAUACAUUCUGGUAAAACCUUAAUGUUUUAGAGUACAAAAAAAAAGUAUAAUUCUUGCUGCUUCGCUAUCCUAAAGUUGCGUGUAACGAAGCUGUUCCUUGUUAUUCCUCAGAAAAUGUUUGAGUUGACCUUUUCUUGAUCCCAGCAUUAUCUGCUCAUACUAGGCCACAAGUUUUAUGGCACAUAAUUCAGACGACGUUAUGUGCACAAGAUGAAACACUGUCCAAUGUGGAGAUUUGUUGUAUCCAUAUUGUUUGUAUUGUUUUUUCUUUUAAAUAUGUGCUUAAUUUGGCCCUACUUUAUCUCAAUCGUCCACUUUUGACUAGUGUAUUCCACUAAACUAAUUGAACUUUAAAUUGUUCUGUAGAAUAUACACACACAUAAUAAUUAUACCUUGUUUGUAAACAAAUCACUAUAAAUGAUAUGGUGUAUCUUUGUAACUUUAAAAGUUAUCACAGUAAUACAUUCUUUACAAUGACCAAAUUAAGAGACUGCUGUCUUGUAACUAGAUUUCUGCUUGAAGCGAUGUUUUCUUCACAAUCUUAAAAGGCUUUUUAUAUAAAAAAUCCACUGCUAAUAAAAACUAAAUAUUCAAAAGAAA